UCUGCCUUUAGGUGUAGUUAUGGGUCAAGAGCAGAAAUUGGGAAUUCAAUAAAUGUUAUGAGAUAAUAAGGGUUUAAUUGUAAGAGUAAUGCUCUCCUGUUCUUUGAUCCCCUAAUACUAUGAAAAAAAAACUAUUAAAACAAAUUCUAACAGGUAUUUUUUUAAAACUUGAUGUCGAUACCAAAUAUCAACUACUACUGCUAUAGGUAGUGGAUACUACUACAGUAAUACUACAGUAAAACUACCAUUAAUAUUAGUAUUACAGUUUUUAUGCAAUUGCAAUAUGUAUUGGAUCAAUUUCUUUUUGAAUUUUUCGUAAAUCUACUGCGCAAAAUGUUUCUUACUCUUCCUUUUUUUCUAAUUCUUCAUACUUCUUUUUAUCUUUCUUAUUUUCAUUUUGUUUAAGUGACGUAACUUUAGAUCUUGAGUGUAUAUAUUCCCAAAGAAAAUAGAUUAUUAGCAAGAAUGAAAUAGAUCCACUUACUUGUUACUGAUACAGAGUUAACAAGCAGUGUUGCUGUUCUAUGUUACAGGAUUGUUUUCCUCAGAUCAGGAAGGGAAACUUCAGGUUCAAUGGAGAUGCUCAAGAUGACUUGGACUCAUUUCUUUACGCCCUCACAUGUUUGCAAAGCUUAAAUGACUCAGAUGGCUUGGACAGCUCAAGUGACUCAGAUGAGUCGGAAAACUCAGCUGACUCGGGCAACUCAAAUGACUCAGAUGGCUUGGACAUCUCAAGUGACCCAGAUGAGUCGGAAAACUCAGCUCACUCGGGCAACUCAAAUGACUCAGAUGGCUUGGACAGCUCAAGUGACUCAGAUGAGUCGGAAAACUCAGCUCACUCGGGCAACUCAAAUGACUCAGAUGGCUUGGACAGCUCAAGUGACUCAGAUGAGUCGGAAAACUCAGCUGACUUGGGCAAUUCAAAUGAAUUAAACAAUUUGGCCGACUUGGUUUACUCAAAUGACUCAGACAACUUGGCUGAUUUGGGCAACUCAAUUGACUCAGACAACUUGGUUGACUUGGGCCACCCAAACGUUACUAAGUUUACUAAGUCAUGUAGGCCAGAUUCUUCCAGUCAGAUAUCACAUUUAACCAACUUUUCAUCUCUGAUCCAAAGUACAAGCAGUACCGGUAGUGAUAAAGACUUUCAUGUUGGCAAUACAUCGAACACUGUAUAUCAAUUGUCCCAGACAGACAGAGAAGGUAGCAGCAGUCGGAGCAGGCCUUAUAAGAGGAAAGCUCCUUGUACUCGUUCAAGAGUUCCACAGGAUGGUCCUGAAAUCCCAGAGAAGCAAUCAAAGUAUGAAAUCUAGUUUUUAUGGUAUCGUAGAUUAAGACAUUAUUCCUCUUUUAACACUUCAUCAAGAAUGUGUGUACGUAUUAUACAGGGCUCCACACUAACUAUUUAUGGGGAAAAGAGGUCCAGAUUUAACUUUUACAGUCUGUAUGCAUGAACCCUAAGUAAAAACUUCCAAAUUCGGAGGGUCCAGACCUAGAUUUUUGCCGGUCCAUGUGUCCCGGCUGCGAAUUUGCGAUUCCCAAACCAUUCAGCUAUGGGAAACGUUUUGAGCAAUGUGAUUGGUUUAAAAAGUUAUAAAGACACGCCCACAUCGACGCGAGCCAUCUCAUCAUGGCGGUGCGAAAGAGUCUGGGGC